AAAUUAAAAAGUUUGAACUUGCAAACAACAUCUCCGUGAAUGUGUACAGCAUCGAGAACAACAUUGUCCCGCUACGUCUUUCAGAGAAAAAAAGACAGACACGUCAAUUUGCUGUACGUGCAAGACGAAAACAGCGUUGGACAUUUCGCUUGGAUAAAGAAUUUAUCUCGACUUGUCAGUGCGCAACUGAGUAAAAAGAAAUGUAGAAGAUAUAUCUGUGAUCGAUGUUUACACUAUUUCAAUUCGGAAGACAAGUUGCAGACGCAUACUGUAGACUGUGGAAAAUUAAAUGACUGCGCUAUCCGAUUACCGAGCGAUAAGGACAAGUGGCUUAGCUUCAACAACUACAACAGAAAGGAGCGGCUUCCGUUUGUGGUGUACGCCGAUUUGGAAUGCGUUUUGAAAAAGAUGGAACAAGAAAAAACAUAUCAGCAUCAUCAAGUAUUUAGCCUAGCUUAUUAUGUACAUUGCUCGUACGACAAUUCAUUAUCUAUAUAUAAUUCCUGCCGUAGUGUCGAUUGCGUGGCGUGGUUUGCCGAAGAACUAAAAAAUUUAGCAAUACGUUUUUUCAUAAUCUGUCCGGUUACGACGCGCAUUUCAUUAUCGAGGACUAAGCCACAGCGUUCAAAGGGGGAAUCGAAUUACUUCCAAUAA